CGAAUAAUUAGGAAGAAUCCAAGCCUAGAUUUGAUUGUGCAUUUUCCACAUAACACUUUAUCUUCCGGUAUGAGCGAUGUUCGACGACUCGCUUGACAAUUCGCAACGUUCGACGGAUUUCUAUCGUUGCAAUUGUCUUAUCAUCAUUCUAUAAAGACAGAAAGAAUUCAAACGUCAUUGGCCGCAACAUUGAUACUGUCUCAUAUCUUAGCGUGAGCACGUGAGAGAUGAAUUGAAUCACGCAUCGCCUGCACACAGUCACACAAUCGCAGUAGAUAGAUGGAUACGCGCGGGAGGCCACACGAUCGGUUAUUAUUUCACAGAGAUAUGGCUCGAAGGUAAUUAAUACUAUUGUUAUGAUUCAGACAGGUACGUCAUGUCCGUACUUUGACUAGGCGAUCUUUCAGUCUUUGAUCGAAGCUCUGCAGGUUCGCAACCGCUCCGUACGUGGAGUACGUGCAGGUAUAGGCUGCACGUAACAUGACCCACAUGCAUGUUUCGCCAACGCUUUGAAUAUACCCUACGUCUUGAGAGAUAACAAUAACGUGUCAGCACUUGUGGUCAGCGGAUAGCGAUAUAACGACGUGAUAGGCGCAUGAAUAUAAUGCACUUGACUAUUGCGAUAACGCGAUAAUAAUGUAUAAGUCGCCACGAUGUCGGAAAGAAUUUAUAAUCCAAACGAUUAUGUGAUCGCAUAUAAAACUUUGUGCGAACAGUACUUGGAAGUGAAUUGCCUGUGCAGUGUAAUAUACCUUGACAUACCUGCCUUUAAGUAUCCAAUCGAAUCGCUUAAUAUACAUAUAUACCUCGUUCAAAAAGUGAUAGUCACGAACGAUGCGUCGAAUGCGUAAACACUUGAAGAAAUAGUCGUGGGAUUUCCUUUAUUAUACAAUACAAUUCUACUGCCACGGGAAGAGCCGUAUACGUAUAUAGUAAGAUGAGCGCUUUCGUCGACAGCAUCCAGAACGAGAAAACGCCGAGUGUUGUAGGUCAUGCGAGAUUAAAUGAGAGUACCUCGCUCAGCGAUAUAGGAGAGGACGUGAGAGGUAGCAAAUUUAAUAAAUCGACUCAGAGCGAUAUCUCGUGGAGGCUCCCUUGCGCUGGAGAUCAUAGACAGAGAUCUAGGCCGAUGUCCCUGGCAUAUUUGCCGACCAAGAUUCCGAAACAGAUGAGCGAAUUAAGCUUCUCCACGCAUAGCUCCAGAAGCAUGUUAUAUCCUAUUCAGAGCGAGUUGGUUUUAUCAUCGAGAAAUAGGCACAAUAACAAUAGAUACGUGUCUCUGGAUAUGAGAUCAAUCAAUAACCUUCCGUAUACUAAUCCGCACUCCAACAGCUACAUUUUAGGCAAUAGUACACCAGCAUACACGUGUUGCUGUACAUGUGCAGGAUCGCAGAUCUCGUCGCCGCCGCCGGCACCGUUUUCACAUGAAACUGACGGAUCUGAUCAGGAUGGGCCCGAGAACCUCUCGUGGAGGAGACUUCACAUGAGCAGAGCGAAACUAAAAGCAACUGCAACUACAUCUGAACUUCUUAGUGGAUUCGCAAUGAAAUCUCUAACUCAGAGCGGGCUGUACGCGAUUACACAACGUUUCCUGAAAAUGGUUAAAUUGACGUCGACGACAAUUCUAUGUAAUCUUCAUGCACAUCUGUGGUUAUAUAAGGUGGCAAUGGUGGAACUGCAAAUAAAUGAGCCGACGGCGGUUCCAGAAUGGCUGUUUGUAAUGUUUGCCGUUUGUACUACUUUCUUGGUAUCGGUGCAUAUCUUUGCACUGAUGAUCAGCACGUAUCUUUUACCCAAUAUCGAAGCCAUAAGUAAGCUUCAAGUUUCACGACUCAUAACGGAGUCACCUCACGAGAGGAUGCGCGGUUUCAUCGAAUUGGCUUGGGCAUUUUCCACAAUACUUGGAUUGUUUCUCUUUCUAGUAGAGGUGGCUAUUCUCUGCUGGGUCAAGUUCUGGGACUAUUCCUUUACCGCUGCCACUGCCAGCACCGUAAUAGUCAUUCCCGUGCUCAUAGUAUUCGUCGCUUUCGCUGUUCAUUUUUAUCACUCUUUGGUAGUUUAUAAAUGUGAAAGUGUGGUAUCAGAUAUGAAGGAUUUGGAAAGCAUAAAAAGGAAUUUGGACAAUGUGACGAUAGGGCAAACUAAUGUAUAAGUUCGAGACAAUAAUACAAUCUGUAAUAUAUUAUGUGUACAAAUGAUUAUCCUAAAUGAAAAAGAAUGCAUUGAAGUUCGGCUGAUAGAUAAGAAUAUCGAAUAAUGCUUCUAUCGGAGUAUAAAUUAAUUUGUGGCAGACAGGAAUACUCAGGUUUAAAAUAGGUACUAUUCUUCAAUUUAAAACGUAUCUUUAAUGAGAAUGACAUAAAAAAAAAGAACACUAUGUGUGGAUUUGUUAUCAAUAACUUACUUUUCAAACGCGACCAUAUGAAAAUGGCCAAGUUUUAUUAUAUAUAAAAAUGUACAUAGCUGUACACAUGCAAGUCGAGAAUUGCAACAGUACAAGCGAGUGCUCUUUAGUAUAUUACCUAUAUAAUAUUCAGCAUUUAAUAAUAUCUGUGUAUAUACGGUUUAACUCUUGAUUUUUAUUUAAACCUUCCUUGAUCAUUCUAUUACUAUCAUAUGUCAUAUGUUGCUAAUAUACAUAUAUAGUAUCUGUUAUUACCGCGACACUUAGUUUGCGGAAAAACUGAAGGAUAAUUGAGUACUCAUUUUAUGUACACUUCCUGAAAUUUACAUAAUUUUUCUAGUCAAUAAAUAAAUCGUCAAAGUUUAGGAUGUCCGGCGAAAAAGUUGGUUUCUUACUGUAAUGUUAGGAAAAAAAAUAAAGAUAUAAUUAAUGUAUCUUUC